CGCCCCGCGCCGCCCCCGGCCCCGGCCCCGGCCCCGCUCCCGGCGCUGUCUCGGCGCCGCGGCCGGGCCGGGCUCGGUGAGGGGCCGGGACCCACCGCGACCCACCGCGACCCACCGCGGCCCGGGGCGGCCGGGACCGGCGGCGGCGGCGGCGCUCGGAGCGGCGCCCGCCGGAUGGGCGCGGGGCGCUGAGCCCCCCCGGCCCCGCGGGCCAUGGAGCCGCCCCGCUGCGCCCUGGAGCUGCGGCCCCCCGACGAGCCCGUCCCCGCCGCCGCCUGCGCCCUGUGCUGCCUCUUCGGCGUCGUCUACAGCUGCUUCGGGUACCGCUGCUUCAAGGCCAUCAUGUUCCUCUCGGGGCUGCUCUUCGGCUCCGCCGUCAUCUUCCUGCUGUGCCACAAGGAGCGGGUCCUGGGGACGCCGCUGAGCCUGGAGGCCAGCGCCGGCAUCGCCCUGGGCGUGGGCGUGCUCUGCGGGCUGGUCACGGCGCUGGUGCGCAGCGUGGGGCUCUUCACCACCGGGCUGCUGCUGGGGCUGCUGCUGGCCACGGCCGCGCUGGUGGCCGCCGAGCCGCUGCUGCGGCCGCAGAGCCCCUGGGUGCCGGCGGGGGGGCUGCUGGGGCUGGCGCUGCUCUGCGCCCUCCUGGCCCUGCGCUGGCAGAAGGCGCUGACGGUGCUGUCCACCGCCGUCUGCGGGGCGGCCGUCGUCGUGGCCUGCGCCGACUACGUCGUGGAGGCCCUGGCGCUGCUGCUCUACGUGCGGGACCGGCUGCGGCUGGCGUCGCCGGCGCCGCUCUGCUGGUACAGCUGGGCCGUGCUGGGCGCCUGGCCGGCGCUGAGCCUCCUCGGCGUCCUGCUCCAGUGGAAGCUCACGGCCGGCGGCUUCUCCCACGGCGACGUGGUGCUCAGCCGGCGGCAGAAGCGGCUGCAGCUGCUCCGCAUCCGGCAGAAGGAGGCCAAGCGGCGGCAGAGCCUCUCCCCGCCGGCGGGCACCUACCGCCGCAAGGCCGCCCCGGUGCAGCGCUACGCGGGCGACGUGCUGGCCCCGAGCUACCUCCGGAGCCUGCGGGACCGGCAGCCGGAGCGCGGGACCUCGCCGAGCCGCCCGACGCCGCCCGCGGCCCCGCGGCCCCCCUCGCCGCCCCCGCGCCCCCCGCCCGGCCCCGAGCCCCCGCGCUGCCCCCCAGUGCCUUAGGGGGCCCGGCCCCCCCCCCCCGCUCCCGCCGCGCCUGUCCCUUUAAAUAGUCAAAUUAGCCGCUGCAGGCCCCUCCCCCGGGGCGGGGCCAAGGGGGGAGGGGCUGUGGAGCACGUGGCUGCCCCCGGGUGGGGGGUGUCCCUCGGUGGGGAGGGCGGCCCCAUUGACUGCCCCACAGCCUGCCCCACACGCUGCCCCACUGCUUGCCCCAUGCAUUGCCCCACGGCCUGCCCCACCACUGCCCCACUGACUGCCCCAUGCACUGCCCCAUUACCUGCCCCACUGACUGCCCCACGCAUUGCCCCACCACUACCCUACACACUGCCCCACAGCCUGCCCCACCACUGCCCCAUUGCCUGCCCCACCACUUGCUCCAUCACUAGCCCCUCUGCCUGCCCCACUGCUUGCUCUAUGCAGGGCCCCACAGCCUGCCCCAUGUGCUGCCCCAUUUCCUGCCCCACACACUGCCCCAUUGCCUCCCCCACACACUGCCCCACCACUUGCUCCAUCACCAGCGCUUCUGCCUGCCCCACGGCCUGCCCCACAUGCUGCCUGCAGCCUGCCCCACCACUUGCUCCAUCACCAGCCCCUGCCCAUCUGCCUGCCCCACUGCUUGCUCUAUGCACUGCCCCACAGCCUGCCCCACAGCCUGCCCCGCCACUUGCUGCAUCACCAGCCCCUCUGCCUGCCCCGCUGCCCGCUCUACGCACUGCCCCACUGCCUGCCCCACGCGCUGCCCCACGCGCUGCCCCACUGCCGGGGGCAGCGCAGGGGAGCCCCGGGGCCACCCAGCCCCCCGCCCCAGCGACGGCCCAGCCCCAGGCGCCGGCGGAGACCUCGUAAAAAUAAAGCCCCUCUUUUAUUUU